CCAGACAUUUGCAUACUAUUGUCUAUCGUUAACUACAUAAAACACACCCAAUUGUUUCUAGAAAAUUUUUGUUUUCAGUACUAGCGGUUAUUCUCUGGCUUUCGCUUUGCAAACUUCUGCAAAAUGGCGAAAGCAGUUUCGUACACACCUAAAGGAGCGAAGGACGACGAGAUCUUACUCGAAAUGGAAGCGGGAAGUCCGGGAAAUAAUGCUAACGGCAAGGAAAGGAAGCAAGAAGGACUAACAUUUAACAACGGUGGAUAUAAAAUCGAUUACGUUCUUGUUUUUGAGAGGUGUGAAGAGGAGGAAAGCAAAAAUGAGGACUCUAAGGCGAAGGCUGCAGACCUGGCGAAGAAGCGAGAAGAUUUCGAGAAAGCGUUGGAAGAGAAGGGUGUUUUGAUCGAGAGAGAUGAAUCAAUCUCAGCCCAGCAGAAGAAGGAUAAACGAAGCUCAAAUAAACCAAGCGAUGAAGAUGAUGAUAACAAACGGACUCGCCAUUUUGUCAAACUUCACGUUCCAUGGCUGGUUCUGGCACACAUGGCGGAAGAAAUGAAUCUUAAAACCGCUCUUCAAGAGAACGACAUCGACUGCAUGACUUGGAUGGAGAAAAAACUGGGCCGAGAUCGCGUUGAAAGCAUGCGCGCAAUGGAUCCGAUGGCCAUAAAAGAGCCCGCGAUCCCUGAGGAAAAGCCUAGCUAUUUCAUGGCAACUUUCACUAUGAAGAAUUUGGCGAAGUUCCACUUCGCGCGUGAGCAGCAUAAGAUGUUCUCGACAACCGACAGACACCUUGUCAUUCAGCGGCUUGUGUACGCUACCAGGUUCGCGGAGGGCCCGAAAGGCUUGGGCCUCAAACAGCUGUUGUAUGAAGGUGCGUAUAUCGGUAAUUACCCUCUGCAUGACGGAGAUGACGAGGUCAAGGAAGGAGAGACCAUCUCUAACGACCGGCAAAGACUCAGAAGGGACUGGGCCAGUUUCGGUCGCUGCUUCAAGUAUCAGCCGUACGACGCCAUUAAGAGUUACUUCGGGACAGAGAUCGGCCUGUAUUUUGCGUGGCUUGGGUUCUACACGGGAAUGCUGGUCCCCCUUGCCAUCGCGGGUCUCGUCGUCUUCAUAUACGGUAUCGUGGACGCCACGAUGAGUCCGCCAGUACGUGACGUGUGCGACUCGAAAAACGAAGGCAGGUGGAUCAUGUGCCCGUUGUGUGACAAGCAGUGCUCCUAUUGGGACUUGGCCAAGACCACGUGUGCAUACGCGUAUGUCACGCACUUCUUCGACAACAGCCUCACGGUGGCGCUUGCUGUCGUUAGUUCAAUCUGGGCUACGCUGUUCCUUGAACUGUGGAAACGUCGCCAGGCGUCUCUUGCCAACAAAUGGCACGUUUCAGACUUUGAGGAAGAAGAAACUAUCAGACCUGAGUUCGCGGCGACCGCGCCGAGACUCAAGAAGAACCCUGUCACAGGUUUGCAGGAGCCUUACGUCCCUAAGCGCACCCUGUAUCAGCGUUACGGCACCACGGGGAGCAUCAUUGUCAUGAUGUGUCUCCUCGUCAUCGCCGCUGUAGUCGGUGUCGUCAUCUACCGAGCCGCGGUCUUCGCCUCGCUCAGUGGUAGCGAGAUUCUUACCAUCCGUAUGCGCGCGCGUACUGUCACCUCCAUAACCGCUGCCAUCAUCAAUUUGAUCUGCAUCAACAUCCUGAAGUUUGUUUAUUCGUGGCUCGCGGUGAAGCUGACGAACUGGGAGAAUCCGAGGACAAGGACGGACUAUGAAGACAGCUUUACAUAUAAGAUGUACUUAUUCCAGUUCGUGAACACGUACGCGUCCAUUUUCUACAUCGCUUUCUUCAAGUCCGGACUGGUUAUCGGUACACCAGGCAGGUACAAGCGAAUCGCCGGCAAGUACCGACUGGACGGAUGUAGCGAGCAGGGCUGCUUCCUGGAGCUGUGCAUUCAGCUCAUCAUUAUCAUGGUGGGGCAGCAGAUCAUUGGAAACAUCACCGAGAUCGCCAUACCGGCGUUAAUGGAAUGGAUGAAGCGUCGCAAGGAGCCCAAAGACAAACAGCUACCUCAGUAUCAACAGGAUUUUGAUCUGAACUCUCUUGGUGAACACAAUAUGUUCUGGGAAUACCUCGAAGUUGUACUUCAGUAUGGCUUCGUGACGAUGUUCGUUGCCGCCUUUCCGCUCGCCCCACUCUUCUCUCUGCUCAACUCGAUCGUGGAGAUCCGGGUCGAUGCCAUCAACUUCGUCCGCCAGUUCCGCCGACCUGAUGCCGCCCGCGCUGAGGAUAUCGGAGCCUGGUCACGAAUUCUUGAGGGUCUGACAAAGCUGUCGGUUCUCGUCAAUGCAUUCGUAUUGUCUUUUACGUCAGACUUCGUACCCAGGCUCUUGUAUAGGCUCAAGUAUGCCCCGGAUAGAGAUAGCGGAGGGAGCCUGGAGGGAUACCUUAAUAAUAGUCUGGCUGUGUUCGAGGUGGCGUACUUGGAACCUGGUACUGAGCCUGAAAACCCACUUCAGAGUAUCAACUAUACCGUCACAACAUGCAGGUAUCCCGGUUAUCACUCCAACACGGCGCCCUUCAAGUUCAACAAGCAGUACUGGCACGUGAUCGCAGGCCGCCUCGCUUUCGUGUUUGUGUUCCAAUACACCGUGUACGCGUUUACGCAGUUCCUCGCGUGGUUGAUUCCGGACAGGACAAAGACACUAGACCUGAAGAUCAAAAGAGAGCAGUACUUAGCCAAGCAGCUGAUAUACUCCAAGCCAGCACUCACGGAUAACUAUGACAAGAGCGAGAUGCUUUGAGAACUGGAGAUAGCAGUACUUAGCCAAGCAUCUAAUAUACUCCAAGCCAGGGACAAGAGCAAAAUGCUGUAGGGAGGCUGUAGGACCCUUCGACCCGAGAGCUGUCGACAUUGACAUAUUUGAGCUCAUUUCCACGCCUCUGUAGAAACGAAGAACAGCAGACCACAAUUAAGUUAUAUGAAGGGACACUUUGAGUUUUACCCACCACGCAACAUUAACAUUUUCUCAUACACUGUUUCCAUUCAAAGAACAAUGAUUUGAACACCGAAUAAACAGAUGAAUAACGUACUUGUAUCGUAAGCACUCGGCAUAUGCUCGAAUAGCUUAAGGCAGUUGGGCAAUUGGUCGUGCUCGUAUCGUUCGUUACUUGUAAAUAUUUACUCCAAAGAAAGACAUAAAGCCUGGUGGUCUGUUGUUUUAGACAUUUUAGACUAUAAAUGCAAUUUUAGCUACUAGUUUACUUUAUAUUUUUGUAAUAUCAAAUACGAAUUAAAGUCGUGUUUUAAACUCUC